AUGGCAUGCCCUUCCACAAGAAACAUUGAGGACUGGCUGAAGGACCUGUCGCAAUUGCGUCAGAGGUGCCAAAUAUGGGUUCAGCGGGAGUUGGAGAAUAAAUGCAGCAACCCAGUCGAAUGGAAAGAGGGCGAUGUCACUGGAUUCAACCCAGGCAUUCUGUCAAGCCAGGAAGACCUGGCCUCCCUCCGUACCUGGAAAAUUACAAAUCCCCCCGAUCGCAAAUCUAUUGAAGCAGAAGUGGGCGUGGACAUCAACCAGUGCAAGUGGAAUCCCAAGAACGUCCGCUUGUCGGAUGCAGGUGUCAUCUAUGCCCUUUUGACCUUGCCUGCGGGUUAUCGCAUCCAACACCUAGCCUAUGACUUAGACGACCGAGGGGAUAACAAUCAGCGGACGCUUGUCGCGUGGAAAGGUGUAUAUGUCUUCACGGGGGGAUACAAUGAUGCUGGAUGGUUGCUGGCCGACAGUUACCCCGCAGGUGGACAGCCAUUUUUUCAAGCUGGUCUGGUGGUCGCAUCGUCUCACGUGAAGACUUUUGAUGUCCUCAAUUUCCAGUUGAUCGAGGCAGAGCGUAUCUGCAUACCAGAAGAUGGGUCUUCUCUUUGGCUUCAACGUCUUAUUGGUCCCGGCGCCGACGCCACCAACAUGAAUGAAGCAAUUCAACGGGGCCAAUGGCUUUCCACAGCCUGGAAGAACAAGUUGUCCCCAGAUGCCGAAUUCAAAACCAAUGAUUUUAUCAACUUCAUUGGAAUUAAGUGGGGGGAUAUGCCGAUUCACACAAACAAAACCUGCCGCAAGCGCAAAAAGCCAGACAGCGGUAAUGAAAUUCAAGAUUCGCUCCAAAUCUCUUUGCACCCAUCACCGGCUAGGGCGGAAACGGUAGUUGGGAUAAGCCAUGACCGACCAGUUUGCGAUUCCGACAACUCGCUUACUUUCAAGACACUUUGGACUGAGCUAACGGCCGUUGAAUCGCCUCCCAAAUAUUGGGAGCUAUUCACGGCAGUCGGUACAAUGGAAACUAUGUAUCAGAGGUGGCGUCACAACCAUAUGGCUGUUAAAAUGGUCCAACAUAAUAUUUCACCAUCUGAAGCCACUGUUAUCCGAGACCUUAUGCAAACAUUGAGCCCAAGACUUAGUUUUUUGAUUCUAGGAAUCAAGGUGGACGAAGAUCGCAUUGCUCUUGAAAAUGCCUUGAGCUACAAUUCAGUUAUUGUCUUGUUUCAGCAGCAGGUGAAUGUCCUUGAGGGAGGCUUCGUCAAAUGGGCCUACAUGAACUUUUACUCCUACUUUCGGACACUCGCUCUCCGCGGCCUCGAGAUUACACAGCCGUUCAUGAAGUUGGAACAGCAAGAGGAAAGUGAUAGUGGUCCUCAACAGUACACCGAGAUCCAAGGGAUGGAAUUUUAG